CUGCGGGGAGGCUGUCAGGAGGAAGGGGACGGCGGGUUCCGGCUCGAAGGAGGUUAUCGCUGUCGUCGCUGUAAUACUGCUGCUUCGGUGUGGGUUUACGUUUUCCCCCCCAGGUUAUCCGGCAGCAUGUUCAGCUGGCUGGGGGCGCAUGACCGCGGCAAGAAGGAUCCCGAGGUAUUUCAGACGGUGACGGACGGCCUGAAGAAGCUCUACAAAAGCAAGCUGCUUCCCCUGGAGGAACAUUACCGCUUCCACGAGUUCCACUCGCCCGCCCUGGACGAUGCGGACUUCGACAACAAGCCCAUGCUGCUGCUGGUCGGCCAGUACUCCACCGGCAAGACCACCUUCAUCAGGUACCUUCUUGAACAAGAUUUCCCAGGAAUGAGGAUUGGACCUGAGCCAACAACUGAUUGCUUCAUUGCUGUAAUGAAUGGGGAUGUAGAAGGAGUGAUCCCUGGAAAUGCGCUGGUGGUGGAUCCAAAAAAGCCAUUCCGGAAACUUAAUGCUUUUGGCAAUGCCUUUUUGAACAGAUUUAUGUGUGCCCAGUUACCGAACCCGGUGCUUGAAAGCAUUAGCAUUAUUGACACUCCUGGCAUCCUCUCUGGAGAGAAACAGCGCAUCAGCCGAGGUUAUGACUUUGCUGCAGUAUUGGAAUGGUUCGCUGAGCGUGUUGACCGAAUCAUCCUUCUCUUUGAUGCUCAUAAGCUGGAUAUAUCUGAUGAGUUUUCUGAAGUUAUCAAAGCACUUAAGAAUCAUGAAGACAAGAUCCGUGUAGUGCUGAACAAGGCAGACCAAAUCGAGACCCAGCAGCUAAUGAGAGUUUAUGGUGCUCUUAUGUGGUCUUUAGGCAAAAUUGUCAAUACUCCUGAAGUGAUAAGGGUAUACAUUGGCUCGUUCUGGUCUCACCCUCUUCUGAUUCCAGACAAUCGUAAGCUUUUUGAAGCUGAGGAACAAGAUUUGUUUAAAGAUAUCCAGAGCCUCCCUCGAAAUGCUGCUUUACGAAAACUCAAUGACCUGAUCAAGAGAGCACGACUUGCAAAGGUUCAUGCCUACAUUAUCAGUGCUUUACGAAAAGAGAUGCCAGCUGUGUUUGGCAAAGACAGUAAGAAAAAAGAACUAAUCAACAGCCUCGGAGAUAUUUAUGCCAGGAUUGAACGAGAGCAUCAGAUCUCUCCUGGGGAUUUUCCUAACACGAAGAAAAUGCAGGAUCUUCUGCAGGGGCAGGAUUUUGCAAAGUUUCAGCCACUAAAGCUUAAACUUUUGGAGACAGUCGAUGACAUGUUGGGAAAUGACAUUGCUCAGCUCAUGACCCUAGUACGUCAGGAGGAAACCCAGCGGCCUGUCCAGAUUGUGAAAGGUGGGGCCUUUGAAGGCACAAUAAAUGGCCCAUUUGGGCAUGGAUAUGGUGAAGGAGCUGGCGAGGGCAUUGAUGACCUGGAAUGGGUUGUGAUCCGAGAUAAGCCAAGCUAUGAUGAGAUUUUCUACACCCUCUCUCCCAUCAAUGGGAAAGUCACUGGAGCGAAUGCAAAGAAGGAGAUGGUAAAAUCCAAGCUUCCAAACACUGUGCUGGGAAAAAUUUGGAAGCUGGCAGACAUAGAUAAGGAUGGCAUGUUGGAUGAUGAGGAGUUUGCAUUGGCUAAUCACUUAAUUAAGGUUAAGCUGGAAGGUCAUGAGCUACCCAGUGAAAUUCCACAGCACUUGAUUCCACCAUCAAAGAGAAAGCUAGCUGAGUGAUAGUGAUUAUCUAGUCUUCGAGGAAGACAAAGACUGGAAUGUAGACCGUUUUGAAGUCUUGAUACCUAAGUUAGGCAGAUAGACAAAAUGAUGUAACAAAAAGCCUUUGCAUAGUAAAAUACUUCUUUCCAUUAUAUAGAUGGAAAUUUUAAUUAGGAAACAUGUAUUCCAUAAAAAUGUUAUCACUAAAAUGGUAUGAGAAUGAAAGCAUUUCUGUCUUUCCUUUUUUUAAAAAGCAUGUUGUUGUAACCUGAGGUCAUUGUAUACUGUUGCAUUCCUAGGCAUCUUUCUAUCACAAACUUUUUGUUUCAGGAGCAGUAAAUCUGAGCUCUAAGGUAAUAUAUUGCCUGAUUUAUUAUUAUCUUUCAAGGCAUGAGGUCCCAUCACUUUUUUUUCUCUUCUGCACUUAUUGUGUUGAAAUAUUCUAAGGUGUCACGUUGAAUGCAAGGAGUUGUACAGAAAUUCAAGUUGUCCAUUUUCUAUCAGGAAGCUGGGAUUUUAUUUUAUCCACAUUUAGUACUGUAGUGAAUAACUGGUUAGCCCCUUUUUUUUAAAAAUCCAGGAUAGUUUGUUUUUCACUUGAAAAGAACAGAUGUUUUUAUAAUAUAGUUUGCUUUAUUGCCUUCUAUUUUGCAGCUUCUGAACCAUGGUUUAGUAUUUACCUGUUCAGUGAUCUUUGGGUGGGUCAAUGUUGCAAAUAUUACAAAAAGCACUCCAGUGUCGAGCCAAAUGUUGCCGUGUAUGAAAGUAUUUUCAGGACUUUCUGGACACAGUUUAGAGACUUUACCUUGUCCUGUUGGGAGGGGUUCCUAUUUUGUUCAGUCAUUUGUAACUUUGCUGUGACUUGUCGGUAGCAGUUAAUCCAUUUUAUGUGGAUUGUAUGGUGACUGUAUAAAGUAAGAGGUUAUAACAUUGAUAAGAAAAACUGAACAAAACUCCAUUGUGUGAAAAACUGUGAAUUGUAUAUUUAAGUAUUUUCUAUACAACUGCAUUUGCGUGCACAACUAAAUAUUUAAGCAAAACAUGCAAAAUAACUAUGCAUCCACCAGUUAAAAUUCAUUCAUGUUAAAAUGCUGUAACUUGGUAUGCUGACGCUUUUAACUGUGUAUGUGUAGCUGUUUUCCACACGUCACCUGUCUUUUUUCUGCUUUGCUUUGUGAAUUUUUGUUUUAAUUCAAGAUUUCUAGUCCUUGCAUUUUUUUUAAAAAAAAGUACUCUAUACAAUGUCUUCCAUUGUGGUUGUAUCAAAGACUAUGGCACUGUUUCUAAGUAUUGCUUGUCUAGUAGUCACGUUUUUUUUGACUGAAUUUUUGUUUUUCUUUUUCUCAAGUCUUGUCAAAACUUGCUCUAGUGAACCAAUGCUGUGAGAUAGUGACAGUAUGUAGUAAAUCCCAGAAAUCCAGUAAGUGGAUUUUAAGCUGCCUCAUCUUCAAAUGUUAGUCUUACGAUCUCUUGCUGAUAUGCUAUCCAAACACUGACUGUGACACUUGUGUGAAAAAUUGUAACUACUCUGUUCACGUCGUAGUGCAGCUACUGAAAGUUUAACAAAUCUAUAACCUGUAAGAAUAAGCUAUCCAUGUAUUUUCUAAAAAAAAAACUGAAAAGUCGAUCUAAAAGGAAUGUCCCCAAAUAAUGCACCAAACAUUGAACUGAAAUCUCUUGUUUUAUUGCUCAACUCCAUCCACAAUCUAAUUUAAAGUGCAAUUUAAAAAAAAUGCACAUCUCCCAUCAAAAGGAGAAAAGCAAAUAAGUUUUAUACUUAGUCAUCAAUGGGAGUCGUUGGCUCCCAGCUUACAUGAAUACAUUAAUUUGGAUAGUACAAUUUGACUUCAAUAUUUAAUAUUAAAAUUGAGGUUCAUGGGAACUUCAACCUCUUGCACCACUUUAAGCCAUUUGUUUUUAAAAUUCUAAAGAGGAUCAUUUUUUUCAAUUUAACUACAGAUUAUCCAUAAAUUAAUGUUCCCCUUGGGAAUCUUGAGGUGGAGAGUUUCUGUGGAUGUUCAGACAGCAGAGGGAAGAACCAGAAAUUUGGACAAGCAGUAUUCUGCACUUAAAGCUUUUCAAGUAAAUCCUAAGGGAAUUUACUUUGUAGUUGGAUGGAGGGGUCGAAUGAAAUUAGUUCUUGUUUUUGCAGAACUACUAAUUUAAAUAUCUGAAUAUUUGGAAGGUAUUAGUUGUAAAGAACUUGUGGAAGAUACAGACUAAUUAAACCAAGUAUUUUUUUCUAUGAUUCAUGCUACUAAUGUUUUGGGUGAUAUCGUUGGGUUAGCCCAACACUAUAGUGGGGAUGUGUGCAAUCUGCGUACUGGGAAAGGUUCACCAGAAGUUUUUUUUUAAUACAUUGCAUUGCUUUUUUUUUCUUUUUUGUUUUGAUAUUGCAACAUUCGGCUCAUUUGAUCUUGUGAACAGAGUAUCUGAACUGCUGACACAAUUCUUUAGGACUGUAAGAAAGUAGUCCAGGCACUGUUACUUGGGUGAUGCUGUUGUUUAGUUUUUCAGGGAGCUGGUGGUACAGAUUGAAGCACACAAUUUGAGGUCAAUUCACUGAAUUGGAAUGACUAGGUAUGCUUGCGUCCUUUGUUUGCCCAGCAGUGUAUGAUUUAAGCACUUUCCAGUUAAAUGGUUAUUCUUAUAUUCAUGUGAUCCAAAUAAUUUGGUCUUUAGAUUAGAAUGUAAGACAAUUUCAAAAUCCUGCACAUGUAACCAGAUCAAUUGUAUUCUCACAUUUAGGCAUUAUUGUAAAUCGUGCAGAUUGAGAGUUAAGACUUCCUUUUGGUUACUAUGUCAAAUGAAAUUUUUUAAUGUAUUCUUUUAAACAAAUGUAUAGGCAACAUGGGGUGUUUUGACAAAGCCACAUUCUCUGGUUUUCUUUUGCUUUUUUUCUUCUGGAGUAAAGUUCAAGGGUCGAUGAACAAUGGUUUUAAUUUCUGACCUUCAGCAAAUGCCUGACUCUACUUCCCAUAAACUUUAAUGUAAACACAUUGAGCAGUUCCUUGGUGCUCUUCUCCUAGAACAUCAAAUAAGCAUGCGGAUCCCUAGCUUUCAUUUAUAAUAAGUAUGUAAGAGAAUUUUUGUCUUUUAGUCAAGUGUUCCGCUAAUGUGAAAUACUCUAGUCCAACAAUUAACCCUAUUGUACUGAGUGCUGUCUUUGCUUAAGUUGCUGCUUGUGAAAAGAUUGCUACUGAAUUUUUGUAUCAAACUUUUUAUGGAGCAAAAAUCUACUGAUUUAUCUGCCAGAUUUUAAGGAAAGUCAAUGUACUGUUGUUGAAUGGAGGAUAUGUCUUCCUCUUAUAUGCUGUGGCUGGCUUUAUUGCCUUUGUUUUUAAAAAUACAUGUACAUUUGUAAAAUUGUUUGAUUCAUAGCUUUUGCUUACUUUGUUUAUUGUUUACGCUUCCUAAAAAUUGUCAUCUCCCCAGCAUUGUUUGUUGUAGGUUUAAAAAAGAAACCAGUUAUGAAUUUAAUAGUAAAUCAGACACCGCUUUAUUGACACAAGCUUUUAGGAGAAGCUGGACCCCAAAGGGAUUUCCAAGCUGCUUGCUAAUUACAGGCAAGUGCUGAGAUUGUGUAUUUGUGUUCCAUCACCUUGCUGAUAAUCACGUGACCUUUUCCUAUAGAAAAACCUCACUGUUCCAGGUGCCUCGCAAAGAAGGUGACAGUUAGUGCCACUUGCUAUCUCAUCCGAAGUGCUUGUGCAGCAUUCUGUUUGCAGCAGUGAGUUGUCAUACAGCACUUGACUUUUAACCCUUUAUUUUCUGUCUUCAAAUUCAAAUAGAUCCUUCUGUGGUAUACUUGUUUGGGUCCAAAUUUCAAAAAUGGGUUGGAUGUGAAGCUGUUUUGGUGAUUUUUAUUUUGUCCUCUUUAUCCACUUUAUCCUGUAAAUGGUAUUGGCAGUAAUUAAUUAGAUAUGUAAUGUAUACACAUGCAGGAUAGUACUGUCCUAAGUGCAUUGUAUUCAGAAAUCAUGUGCUGAAUAGAGCUAGUGGAUCAAAUAUACUAGAUAUCUACUUUUCUCAUCAGGAAAGUUCUGAUCUACUAACAUUGUUCAAUCUGGGUUUUUUAUAGGCAAUUGAUUUGUGGUUUAUCACAAGUAUUGAUUUCCCCAAUUUACACUUCUUUAAGAAGCCUUAGUUACGAUAUUCAGUUGGAUGUCCAACUUGCAUGUUUUUCAAACUUUUUAAAAAAAAAAUCACUUCCAUGCACAUUGGUGUAGAAGUUAAAUGUCAGUGUUUAGGAAGUCCUUGCUUAUUGUGCUUCUGACAUCAAAAAGAGCAAAAGAAAAUGAUACUGCAUUGAGUAUGUGGUUUUGUUACAUGUUGCAAUUAUACACCUUUUUUUGGCAUGUAUUUACUGUAUUUUGGAAAUUCUGUUGUGGGUUUAUUUCAACUGUGCUUCCAAGAGUCUACGUUUUUGUAAUAUUUAUCCUUUGCCAAUAAUAUGCUAUUGUACAUUUAUAAAAUAUUGUAUUUACAGUGUACAAAU